AUGCUGCAGUUCCACAGUCUCUCUCUCUCUCUGUCCGUUCAGGCUGUUGGACGGUCACUUUACGACAUUGGCAAAGAUACCCCGUCGCAGAUGCCCUGUCGAAGACAGUCACGCAUGAAGAAGCAGUAUAUGCGACAUCAAUUAAAUCGGUCACGUGAGGUAUGACAACAGUUGUAGCAACUGCUUGUAGUCGGCAAAUCGACGAUACAUACCAAACAUAACAACAAAGCUAGCGGAAACUCCUACUUUGCCGUGCCCUAACACACACAUCCGAUAUUCGACACCACGAAGCCGCUCUCAGGACGGCGAAUACAAUCCGGUAAUCGUCAUUUGUCUGAGGACUAAACCAUAUGAUGGAGUAGGGUGUGUGUGUGUCGCACACCCUGUGGCACCUGCGGGUACCUCCUCUAUUUCCUCCUACCCCUCCACUGCCUCAACGUCCGCUACGGCGGCUCCUGUACCCGCCACCACUUCACAUGAUCCUGGCACACCAACAAACACCAACUCCCCACCGUCAACGCAAUUGAUGCGGACUCGAUCCAUACCUGUCCUCAUUCCAAUCGCACCUUCACCGCACACAUCGGUCUGGUCGGUCACUUGCGAGUUCAUCGCACAGAGACUGGCGAAUCAGUGUCUGGAGCACCAACCUGCACUCGCCGCAUCCGCCUCCACUGCCCACAUUGAACUUGCACAUUCACUCCCCGCUUAGGUCUUCUAGGGCAUAUGCGUAUUCAAGAGAGCCUAGUGACCUCAAUCUCGACACACCUAUCACCUCCUGCACAUCCACUAUGCCUAGCUCAACCCACAAACCGACGCCCGGCACGCCCACCACCAUCAGCUUCACCACUACCAUCGUCUCCGAAAUCGACACUGACACCGCCGACUUUUCCUGUCCACACUGUCCCCGUAAAUCCACCUCACACGUCGGCCUGGUUGAUCACUUGCGAAUCUAUUGCACAGAGACUGGCGGACCAGUCCCUGGAGCACCUACCUACACUCGCCGCAUCCGCCUCAGUUGCCUUCACUGAACCCGCAUAUUCACCCACCUCAUGGGCUUAUAAGGCUACAUGCGCAUUCAAGAAAACCUGUGAUAAACAACCGCCGGCUACACCACACCAUCAUAUCUUCCCCACCUACAUCACACAACAUCAUCCGACACAGGCAUUCAAUCGCCACCUCCCACGCAAGUGGGAAAUGUGGGCCUCGACUCCGCCUCCAUGCGGCUCCUGUCACAUGGGUGACUCGAGUCUGAAACUAUCGCGGCGCGUCAAGCGCUGUGAAUUGGAAGGCUGCUAACUGACACUCCAAGUAAGUACACGCAGUCUUCCUAGUUGUGUAUAUGUGUGGAGUGGCGGACUGGUUGGCUGACUGCCAGACUGAAGCGGCCUCUUCUUAACGUGACCUACGGCACUCUCACGCAUGUGAGAUGUACGCCGCUCAACCCCCGUUGUGUGAACUCUUGGUGCUUGUGUUUGAUGGGCCAGGUCGUGCAUGUGGUGAGCACAGACAAGGUCACUAGACUAUGUCAGUCACCGCGCCAAUUUCCUGCACCUGUCAACUGACCGGCUCGGACAGUGGCUAGGGCCUGGGAGUGAGCAGGGAGGACGAGAUCAACAACUCAGCGCACCUUUUUCACUUUAAACAAGCUGAUGCGUUUGAAGCCAUUAAGGCGCGGUGAAAGCCGUGGCUUUGAAGGUUACCGACUGACGGGAUAACUUGGACCUCGCAGUCGACCCAGUGUUGUGGUUUUGUGGGGGACGGACGGUUGGUGGUCUAAGAGUCAGGCUGCAAUGGCUCCUUAUUAAUGUGGUCUUUCUGGCAGUCCUAAUACGUGGGAUCCGAGCAGGAUGUGACGGCACGCCUAUGUGCGGCUCCGGUCGUGCCAGUCGCCCUUUUGUUGUUGUUGGUUAAAAUCCUGGUCAUUUGCUGUGUGGACCAGGAGGUGUGGAGUGGAGUGGAGUGCCAAGGUGUGGGCUCGACCGUGCCAUCCACCUGCGUCCUCCCCCACCUCCGGUGUUUUUGACUUUGUCCUGACAUCGAGUCCAGGUUGGGCGGGGAGGAGAGAGUGCGAUAGAUGCUGUGCAAGUUUACAUUCACUAUGAACUAAAUCACGCACAAGUCACCGUCCCUGUUUCCACCUUGCUGUGGAGCACACGGUGGACGACGGUCGAACUGUCGGUACCUGCGGGAUCUCCAGUUAAGGGCUACUCCGUGAAGAAGCGGCAGGUCGCAGCAUACGUCUUCUUCAAGCGAUGGAAAGCCCUCACGACAAAAAAUACUCCCCGACCAUAGGCCCUGCCUAACAAGGAAACCCCAGCAACCGCCCCGACCGACGGGUUAAACCAGACGAGUGUAUCCCCUGUGGUGUGUCUCCACACCCAGCAAUUCUGCUCCCAUUCCUUUUCCUACUCCUCUUCCUUUCCACUUCAUAAAAAUCCUGCGGAGAGAACGACAUGCAAUCUCGUAGAUAGCCCAAACUAGCUCGGGCCGCUCUCUACUAAACAAAGCCGUGACCCGUAGUGGGGUUCGGCAGCUCUUUUUUUGGGACAGCACUGCUCACCAGGCUGGUGGAGUGAGUCAGCUCAUUCUGGUAGCCUCAAAGUUCAUUUUCUUUGCGGAAAUCCGCAGAGCAACCGACCGAAGGAGGGGGGAAUAGAGAGGGAGAGAAAUACGCUUUCUUUUGAAAGUAUGUUUCACAAUUUUAAGUAAAAACGGCUUUCAUUUACCGUGCGCAUAUAAAAUAAAUAGCACCAGGGGAUUACAACUGCGACAUAUCAACCGCAAACUGCAACUGUUGCAGUAUCACUGAAAAUGGCCGGUGAAUUUGGUGCAAACUUUGUGCCAGUUUGCUUUUUCUCCGAAACGGAGCUAUCGUAACGCUAAUAUAACCUCUUGUGGAUAAAAAUGAGUAUGUGCCGAAUGAAAUAUUUCAACUGACUUAUGAUCACGACAAAUUCUACGUAAAUGGAGAGCAGAACAAAUGGAGGCUCAAAUUCACUAGACCCGAAAGGAAGAUAGCGUUAGUCUCUCAAGAAAUGGCGCAUUACAAGGCGGACAUCGCUGCUUUCAGCGAGACCCGAUUUUCGAACAUGGUCAGCUGGAGGGCUACACCGGCUGCACCUUCAUCUGGAGCGGUCGUCCAAAGGCAGAGCGACGUGACGCGGGGGUCGCCUUUGCCAUACGGAACGACAGCGUGGGACGACUGCCCUGUCUGUCGCAGGGCAUCAACGGUCGCCUGAGGUGCCUCCGCCUACUUCUCCCGGGAGGUAAAUUCCGCACCAUCAUUAGCGCCCACACCCCAACAAUGACCGACUCAGACUUGGCGAAGACAAAGUUCUACGAGGACUUGAACGCCCUCCUGGCGACUGUGCUGAAGGUGGAUAGAUUUAUUGUCCUUGGUGAGGGAUUGCUGGGUCUCCAUGGUCUGGGCAGUUGCAGCGAAAAUGGUCGCCUUCUCCUCCUGCUAACCUGUGUAGAAACUAGUCUCUUCACAGCUAACACCUCCCACCUUCCGACGCAAAAGAAGGCAUCUUGGAUGCAUCACAGAUCGCGGCACCAGCAGUUGCUGUACCAAAUUCUCGCCCGAAGGCGAGCUUGA